AGAUGAUAAUGACAGAUAAUUCAGUACAGGAAUUUGGAUAACAACAAUUGGGUGUGAACAAUUGAAAAUAUCCAGUAACUUUAUCUAAGAAUGUGAACCUAAAUUAUCUGCAAACUUUUCAAAUCAAAAUGAACAUUGGCUCAAUUGAACUUGUUAGUAACAUUUAAACUGGCAAAGUUUAAAUCAAGAAUCCUAUCUCAAAAUCUUUUGAGUUUCGUUCCUCCUGUUUAGAAUGCCUUCAUUGAGGAAAAGAGUAUCCACAUAUUUCAGACAACUCAGUUUCCAUAAUGAACCCCGACAGAAGAAGCAUAAUAUUAAUGAAAAUGCAUUUAUAACAAAGUAUUUACAAGGACAUAUCUGUGUGAAAGACGGACCACCUAUAAUUUAUGGAAAAAAUCCAACCGAUCUUCCAAAUUACGAAUUAGCUAAGUAUGAAACAGGGUAUGAAACAAUUAUAUCAUGUUAUUCUGGACCUCACGGUGGUCUUACAACCGUUAAGAGGGUAGAGAAACAUUUAUCAAUACCAGAUACAGAUGAUUUCGACUUUAUUGAUACGCAAAUUGAAAAUGUACAACCAACAUUUCCAAUUAAAUCGGCAAAUAGAACGCCAGGUCAACCUGUAGAUAAUACCAAAAUGGUGAUCAAGGUAGCUGGUCAAGAGUAUUUUGUUAAAAAUGAUAUGAAAAAACAUAGGAAAAGUUUGAGUUUGGGUAGUAUAUCUGAUUUCAACAUCGAAAUAGAAAAAACAAAGAUAGAUAGAGAGUGUUACGGAGAAAUCGGGACAAAUAACAAUGACAGUAAACAUGUAAAGGAAAAUGAGAGACUUAAAAAUGAUGAAAUCAAAGAAAAAGAAAAAACAAAUGAGAAAAAUACAAUAAAAGUUGAUAAUAAUCCAAAGGAAUUGAAAUCGAAUCAAAAUAAAAACUCGUCUAAGCAAGAUAGAAAUAAUGUGAAAUACCGUCCACCUAAGGCCCGAAGAUCCGUUUCGAGGAAUGAAUCUCAGUUAAACAGGCAAAGUACUCAUAGUAACCAUUCGCAGAAGAAUUUCGAAUUGGCUAAAUCAAAGAGCGAAGGGAAUCCUUAUAGGCAUAAGGGUGCAAGAAAAAUUGUGGAAAGGCCUAAAUGUGGAUCUUCGUCUUCCCAAUCCGGUUCCAAUGAUGAUGCAAAACUUCCCAAGGAAUGGAACAAAAAGAACGAUUACGUGUUCGGAAUAUCAGAUUCUCUGUACGACACAAAUCUGGUUACGAAAGUCAAAAACGGAGAUCCAAUUGCAGAUUGUUUCGGUGUUAUAUCCAGAAAAGACUCCGUUAUACUAGCUGUCGCAGAUGGUGUCAACUGGGGGGAGAAGGCCUGCAUAGCUGCCAAAUCCGCCAUACACGGCUGCCUACACUACCUCAAUAAAACGAUAUUCAACGACACAAAACUUUUCGAAAACUUGGUCGUGCUGUCGGACCAACAGGCCACGUCUCCAACCAUAGCGGAGCCUCUCACGCACAUUUCCAACACCAGAGAAGUGUUCAUCUGUCUUCUGAGGGCUUUCAAUUGCGCCCACGAUCUAAUACUGGAGAACAAUGGAAUGUUGACAACUUUGACAGUUGCAAUUGUUUUGCCCUUGAAUCAGGAAGGGGCUGAGCCUAAGAGCGAGGAACAGAAGUACGUUUGCUGUGUUUGCAACGUGGGAGACACGUUGGCUUAUAUUUAUUCUGGGAGAUAUGGUAUAAGGGAGUUGACUAAGGGAUCUCACGAUAUAACUUCGAACAGAGAUAUGAGAGAUGCCCUUGGUGCUUUAGGACCAGUAGAUGGAAUAAACCCCGAAUUGAGCAAUCUAACAUUGUCUAUAACCACUUUGAACCAAGGGGACAUAGUGAUGGUUGCCAGUGACGGUUUAACAGACAAUUUCGAUCCGAGUGUUUGUAAAUUUACGGUGAACACAACAAAAAUCCAGUCCGGAGAUAACAAAGCAUCAUCUAAGAGGGCCCAAACUGUUGAAAAACCGCCUUCGACAUUGAAUAACACGUCUUCCUAUCGUCCAAUCAAACCGCCUAGACGGAGUCAGUUGAGUAGGGGAGAUAGGGCGGAUAGCGAAGAAUCUAAAAGUUCGAAAAAAUCCGAAGACAGCAUUUCGUCUGUUAACCACCUUCCCGAUGAAAAAACACGAAAGGGACCAAACAACGAUGAGAAUCUCAUGGAUAAUCCGUUGAUUGCACAUUUCGUUAAGCAAAAUUCAGUCGACGAAACCGACAGAAGGGCAAACGGACCACAAUCAUCUUCUAUUAAUAAUACGGGAAAACAAUCAUCGUCCAGUCAGGGAUCAAAAAAUUCUCAGGCUGUAAAUCCUGCAAAUCGAAAGCCGCAGCAAAAUUAUAAUUUUUUGAGAUCGAAAACUACGAUAGACUUCCAUUCGACGACCAAGAAGCCAAUAUUGAGAAAUGAAGAGGGGAUACCUUAUGUGACCCCUAUGCAGCGAUAUGAGCUCCAGUUGCUGCUAAUGGAAGACAUUUUGAAGCACGGUAUCUCGGGCCAGGAGCCCCCUUGUACGACUUCCAAAAAAUUAUGCGAGAAUCUGGUGAAUUUCACGAUCAGCAUAACGGCAGCUAAGAGACGAACUUUGGAAGAUAUGGAUCUCUAUUUCGACAAUAGAGAUGGAGUGUCUGUGGAAAUCUCACCUAUGGAGAAGAAACAGAGAAGGAAAAAGGGCCUCGAGAGAGUGUUGAAUCUUCCAGGGAAAUUGGAUCAUGUGACAGUCGUAGCAUGCAACGUUGCUCAUUUACCUGUCAACAUCAAGGAAUAACGUAGGAUCUACCGAACAUUACAGGAUUGAAUAAACUACAUGGCAUUACCAAAAUAUUGUAUUCCUUAAAACCGAAUGUAUUAUUUUUUUAAAGGUGUUUCCAUUUUGAGAGUACGAAUUUUACACAUAACUUUUCAUCGUGGGAAGUUGACGAGUAACUGCAAUAUUAUAUACACUUUUAAUCCAAUGCACAAGAUGAAGAGUAAUUAAUCAUUGUUUUUCCGUUAUUUAGACAAUGUAGAAAUUUAUUGUAUGUCCGUGCCAUGUUGCAAAGGCAAAUUAACCGUUAUCCAUUAUAUUUUUGUUAUGCAAUGUAUCCCAUAUUUAUUUAUUUGUUCAGAUGUGAGAUAAUCAUUUGGUAGACAACAAUAUACAAUUUUAUAGAA